AUGGCGGAGAAGGACGGCGUGACCUACGCCCAGGCGCACUGCAUCGAAGGGAGCGGCAGCGUCCCCAACUCGCCGUCGGCGUCUGAAGCCCCAAGCAAAACUACCGACCAGCCGCAGGCCGUCGCGUCGGCAUGCUUGAUGAUGAGCGCGACGGCGUUUGCUGCUGGCACCAUCAGCGAGACCCUGGAAGCGCUCGCGUCGCCCGUCACGGAGGACUAUCGUCGCGCGAUGCACUUCUUGCACGGCUCGCGCUUUGUGGACGGAGUUUGCUUGCACACGAUCGCAGGUAGUGGCACCAACAACAGGUCAAGGGGCCCCAGCAACAACUCGCAAGCCUUCACAACCGUCAAAUGGGCAGCGUUCGAUGACGGCAAGGCCCUCAACACAUCGGGGUCUCCCACCGGCACAGACUACUGCUUCCUCGAGCACUCGGGGAUCCACCGAGGGGACCCCAACGGCGAGUCCGAGUUGUUCGGCUUCAGCAUCCAAGAGUCGAUCGCUCGAGAGGGAGAAGUCCCCUCGCUAGCUGGAGUCGGUUUUACCCGCGGCCACUUCCACCGCACGGGCAUCCUCAUCUUGCCCACGGACCGCUCCGACGUGGUGCAGGUCACAUCCAUUUUGCAGAUGCGCAUGGCGGAGGGGGCGGCUCUCGGUGCUUCGAGUGAAGGCGUCGGGGCCUCAUCCGGCACCGGGAAAGUGAACGCGGAGGCGCUUGCUCGUCGGAUGCGCAGACGCGUAUCUGCUGUCGGACGGUUGGACUUGCUUCUUGAGCGACGGCGGCUCAGUAAGCUGGAGCACAUGCCACGGGCCGACUGGGUAGCCGACGAUGCGCGCAAGGCCUGCGCUGUUUGUGUGAAACCGUUUGCUCUUCGCCGACGCAAGCACCAUUGUCGGCAUUGUGGAGAGGUGGUGUGUGCGUCCUGUGCCCCCGCGCGCGAGGUGGACGUGGAAGCCACCACCACCACCAACGUGCGCAUUUGUACAGCGUGCGUCGUCCAGGCGCGCGCUGGUUCGCAAUCGCCUGGCGGCUACGAUGCAUUCGUGCAUCACGCCCACUCUUCCCCGCUAUCUCGGUCCUCGACAAAUUCGACCGGUGAGAGCGCUAUCUCCGCUAACAACAACGCCGAGCAUGAACUGGAUACGCGACCAAAGUCGCUAUCGUCUGGGAGCAGCACGUUCUCCAUUUCAAGUGACUCGCAGAUGUCUGCGCGACUGACGCGCGCCGGCUACGCGGACGGAGCUAUCAGGUUGUACGGCUAUGAGGAUGACCACUUGGACGCGUCGUCGUCCAGCUCCAGCAGCUACUCGGUGAGCGAGUUCGACACGUACGAUACAUUAGUUGCCAUCCCCCUCCCCAACCAAGAAGAACCGCAUCACCUGCACCCCUUCCGCAGGGGGCAGCGGAGAGGCAGCAACCAGUCAUCGAUCGCUUCGACGCCAUCCUCGAGUGGUAAUAUGAGCAGCAGCACCGAUCAGGCCGACGACCUACUGGAGCGUAUUCGCGGGAUGAAGGCGGAUCUGUCCUCGCUAACGACAUCCUACCGCCACUUGAGCGACGCCAGCAUCGUCACGAGCAGCACUUCCGCCAGCGAGGAACAAUUCGCAUCAUCCGUCCGCACGCCACGUUCCAUUCCUCGUAGCUCAAAUGCUGACCCCGUUAGCAGCAGGAGACGUCGCUCGGGUUUCAGCGACGUUGAAGGUGCUGCGAACGAGGGCGGCAUGGAUGUCGACUUCAUCAACAACAGCGAGCACUUCACGUUGCUCUGCCCCGAGACGCUGAGCCGCCAGUGGCGCACGCGCACCAGCAGCCGCGUGCUGCAGGACGCCGGCGAGAAAUCGCACCUCAGCGCGAGUUUGUCCAACAUGUCCUUCGUGUCGACCCUGUCCAACUCCACCAUGCUCGAGGACGACGAGGACGCGCACGACCAAGGAGGGCGCGAGUCCCAGGAGCUCGAGCGCAGCGCGAGUCAUGCGGAGCUCCAAGCGCUGCGGCAGCAAGUGGAGGGACUCCACCGAUCGCUGGCAGCCGCAACGUCGCAGCUCGACAGCAUCCGCACGCGCCGAGCAUCUCGCAGAGCACAGCCGCCGCUGACGGUGGACCCGGUAGCUGCGAGGCACCAGGCCACGUACGGGCUGCUGGUGGAGGAGCUGCACGAGAUUAUGGGCCUGCCCCGCCCCGGACGGGAGCACUAG